AGGUUAGGUUUCGUUUCUCUGGUAAGGACGGGGCUUAUGAGGAAUAAGGCGGUUUGAUGCCAAGCCCUAUCAUUUAAAUGCGCUGUGAGAGACGACAUCCGCCUUACAUUCUCACUGCACUGUACCACCGGAGAGAGUACAUUAUUAAAGAUGCGGCCGUCUAACGCUGAGAUCCGGGCUGUCGGUCUCGACUUCAUAGAGUUUUUACACGAGACACAUAGAUUCAAUAUUACUCAGAGAGAUGAGCUUCAAGAGAUCUAUCAAAGAGAGUUCAGGAACAGACAUGGUGGCAAUGAUCCCAGCUUCUCUAAACUGCUUUACGUCCUCAGGAACAGCAACAGAGCACGUGUCACCCGGGACAAACGUGUUUAUUUUAAAGGAAAUGUACGAGUGUUAAAGGACCAGUGGUGGAGACCUAGAGAGAGGCAACUGAGUACCAGCGCUGCCAGUCUGAGCAUUUUAAGAUCUCUACCAUCUCAUAAUGCUCGGGAGGCAUCCCCUCCACCUCCUGGACCAGAGGGAGGUGUCAGAGCCAGAAGGAAGCUGGCUCAGGAGAUCCUCAAGAAGCUUAGUAAUGAGAGAUCAGAGUUUGUGGCUGAUAAACAUGGAGUUUGGGUCAGCUGUGAUAGGGAGAUUGUGGAUGGGAGAAUGCAGGUGUGUGUGGACAGUGAAGAUGUUUAUGAGUGGAAGAUGUUUGUUGAAAAUCGAGGGCAGUAUGUCGUGGAUUUCACCUACUACUCACCACUGCACUGGAUACAAUGCUUCAGUUUUGAUGACGCCAAGAAAGUCACCCGCAACAAUCCCCUGACUCUACACCCUGGUGAAUCAUAUGAGGUCACAGUGAAGUUCCAUUCAAAUCAUGUGGGUUUGUACCAAGCAACGGUGGCCUUCGAGUUCAAGUUAAGCAUGGAGCCAAGGCCAUUCCACAUUGUGCGCUUUAUUGAAGCUGAGUUCAGCACCCAGCUUGCUAAAGACCUGGCACCCAUUGAGCCUUACACACCCUUCAGACUAUGCAGAAACCAAACUGAUGAUUUUACUGUGGUUGAGGGAGAACAACCUGAAAACCUGGCCAUACAGCGUCUUCAAACUGAGGUCCUUUUGCUGCCAUAUGAAUGCCCAGGCUAUGUUGAUGACCUGAUUGACUUUCUGAACAAACAAUGUUCUUACAAACCCUUUUUGUUGCAAAAGAAGCUUCUGCUGGAGUCUCCUCUGGAUUUUUAUAACUACACAGAGCGCUUCGAAAUUCUCCUUUACCUGGAGGAACGUCAGAUGGAGGUGGACAUCAAGGCAUAUGACAAGCAAGAUGUCACCAUGAAGCCUGACAGACACAACAAGAAACUUUUGGUGCUUGAGGUUCCAGGUGUUUCUGAAAAUCGUCCAUCUGUGUUAAGAGGAGAUCAUUUGCUGCUGACUAAGUCUGAUGACCUCAAUUCACAGCAUUUCACCAAAUACAAAGGUUAUGUGCACCGUGUGGAGCUUGACCGGCUCAAACUGGGUUUCUCAAAGGGGUUCUUGGACGGUUUCAUAAAGAACAUGAAGUUUCAGGUGGAGUUCACCCUUAACCGACUCCCAAUGAGACUCCAGCAUCGUGCUGUGCAUCUAGCUGUCGAACACCGCCUUCAAGAUGUGCUGUUCCCUAAAGAAUCAAAUGUCGCAUUCGAAAGGCCAAAACCAUCACUGAGCCUGUUUGACAGAAAGCUGCAGGAAAACUCUGAGCAAUACACUGCAGUGUGCAACAUUGUAGCUGGAGUGUCUAAGCCAGCACCGUACCUGGUGUUUGGACCUCCUGGCACAGGAAAAACAGUUACGAUGGUAGAAGCCAUUAAACAGGUAGAAAAGUGUUUGGCGGAUGUGCAUAUCCUGGCAUGUGCUCCUUCUAACAGCGCUGCAGAUCAGCUGUGCGAGAAAUUGCUGCCACACGUUGACACUCACAAAGUGUACCGAAUGUACGCCAGCAGUCGCAACCCCGAACAAGUGCCCCCUUCUCUGCAGGUAGUUAGUAAUCUUAAAGGUGAUAUGUUUGAGUUUCCACGUAAAGAAGAGUUGAUGGAAUUUAAGAUUGUGGUCACCACUGUGGUUACUGCUGGCAGGCUGGUCACUGGAGGGGUGCCUGCCGGUCAUUUCACUCAUAUCUUUGUGGAUGAAGCUGGCCAUGCAGUGGAGUGUGAGACUAUUAUUGCCAUUGCUGGUCUGCUGCGGGCAGAGACAGGGCUGCUUGUGCUGGCCGGAGAUCCGAGACAGCUUGGGCCUAUUCUAAGGUCUCCAUUAGCUAUCAAAUAUGGCCUGGGUCUGUCACUUUUGGAGAGGCUGAUGACUAAAAACCAACUCUAUAAGAGAACAGAUACCGGAUUCAACAGUAUCUAUGUCACCAAGCUGCUGCGCAACUACAGGUCUCACAGGGCAAUCCUGAAAACUCCUAAUGAGAUGUUUUACGAUGGAGAGCUGCAGCCAUGUGCAGAUGAAUUCACUACCAACUUUUACUGCACCUGGGAACACCUUCCCAAACAGGAUUUUCCUCUGAUUUUUCAUGGUGUGUCAGGGAAGGAUGAGCGUGAGUCAAAUAGUCCGUCUUUCUUCAACACCAGCGAGAUCUUAGUCGUCAUUGAUUACCUGAAGAAACUGCUACUGACACAGGGCAAGAAAGGCAUUGCCCGGAUCUCACCCAAAGACAUUGGUAUCAUCACCCCAUACAGGAAACAGGUGGAGAAAUUGCGGAAGGCCAUCAUAAAAUGUGAUCGAGAGCUGAAAGUCUUCGAGGACAUCGAACACCUGAAGGUGGGCUCAGUGGAGGAGUUUCAAGGUCAAGAAAGGAGGGUGAUCAUCGUGUCGACUGUCCGCAGCAGCAGCGAUUAUCUUGAAUUUGAUUCCAUUUUCAACAUCGGUUUCCUUAGAAAUGAAAAGAGGUUCAAUGUUGCUUUGACUCGAGCCAAGGCUCUGCUCAUCAUUGUGGGAAACCCUGUCAUACUCAGUAGUGAUGCGUCCUGGUGCAAGUUUAUCGAUUAUUGCACUGAAGAGGGAGGCUGCACUGGUUUUACUCGCCUCUCUGUAGAGGGCACAGAGGAAGUGAUGACUCGGCUCAUGGCCCUCAAAAUCCAUCCAGAGGAUGAAGUGGAAACUGAAGAAAGUGUCAUCCAGCAGUAUGAAAAUCCUGAGUGGAGGAGUGAACAGUAACCAUGAGAAUAUCUCUAUCUCUCUCUCUCUCUCUCUCUCUCUCUCUCUCUCUCUCUCUCCCUCCCUCAAUCUGUUUACGCUGAGUUGCCACUUUCUAAUUUUGAAGGGUAUUGUGUUUUCUUUGGCAGAGCAGAAGAGCACUUUUUGAAGUAUUGUACUUUCCAGUUCAUUUCGGAUGUUAGGUUUAGGGACUGUACUAUUCCUUACAAUUCAAUUUAAUUGAUAAAGCACUUUUAAUCAUGGAUGUUGUCCCAAAGCAGCUUUACAGUAACGCUAAAGCACUAAAGCAAUGAAAAUUCCCUUCAUACAUUGAUCCAUACCUUUGUGACAUGGUGAAUGUGUCUUUGCGUGUUUUGAUAAGCAGUAGCCAUAGUGCUGAGGUAGUCGUGCGCACGUGCUUAUCAGAGAAACCAGGACAAUAUGAAGGAGCGUGCCUUGUGCUUACUGUAAUACAGUGUUUAUAUUCACUAAGAGCAUUCAUUUUAAUCAGCCCAGCCCCCUGGCUGAUGCUAGACUCGCUAAUUUACACAUGCACUAUACGGCCAAAAGUUUGUGGACAUCUGACCAUCACAGCCAUAUGUACUUUUUAACAUCCUAUUUCAGAACCUUUUGCUCUUAUGAAACCUUUACUAUUCUAGGAAUGUUUUCAACUAGGUUUGGAGCAUGGCUGUGAGGAUUUAUGAUCCUUCAGCCACAAGAGCAUUAACGAGGUUAGGCACUGAUUUCAGUGAGGUCUGGAGUGCAGUCAGCAUUCUAGUUCAUCUCAGUUAACUUUAUUAAGAAUGAACUAAUCUUAAUUCUAGAUGUUCAGUGGGGUUGAGGUCAAGGCUCUGUGCAGGACACUCAAGUUCUUCCAUUUCAACCUUCAUCCUCAUGGAGCUCACUUUGUGCACGUUUGCGCCUCUUAGUUGAAGUGAAGGGAAGCAAUAAAACAGGAUACAAAGACAUUCUAUACAACUGAGUGCUUCCAAAUAUCUCCCAACAUUUUGAAGAAGAGCCAUAUAAGGAUACGCUGAUGGGGUGUCCACAAACUUUUGGCUGUAUUGUAUGACUUGCAGCUUGUGCGAAAGUGAACUGAAAGGCCCACCAAAGCAGUGUAAAGAAAUAAAGCACAUCUGUGAAUUUGUGUAAUUUUUGAGACGUAUGUAGAAUCGAUGAUGCCACAUGGGGAGCAGUAGGAGAAAGUGGAAUUUAAAUUAGUAUAACGCAGAUUAAAGACUGAUUUUUUUAAAGAAAAAAAUCAAAAUAAGAGUACACAUGGAUGUCUAAUAUGUUUGUAUAUUGUAUGAAAGAAAAUAUUUAGAUGGACUGAACAUGUUACAAAUAUUAAGUGACAUCAGCUUUCUCAAUUUUUAUUUAUUUUUUGGCUGAACUUUUAAGAAAACAAAACAAUUGUUUUGUGUUCGGAAAUCGAUUUUCACAAAUUUAAUUCCUGUCCUCAAUUUGCAUCAUUUAUGAAAUGACUCUCAGGCAUAAUAACAGACACAGAAUUUCCUAAACAUCCUUUAAAUGCCGUAAUUUUUCUAUUCAUUAAGAAGAACCUGCAAAACACUUUGCAUUGAAAAACGUCUUUGGAACCGAGUAAAUGAGUUUGCACAUUUUUCUGCAGGUUUUAUCAAAUGUAUAUGUAUUUUUAUACAAACAAGCCUUUAAGAAAUCAGGGACUUAUUCUGUCUUUCUGUUUUUCCCCCUCCUCUGUCCCCACUUGGUGUGCAUGCUUCUUACAUAGUUGCAUUAAAUGUGCAUGUUCUGCCCCUUCAUUUUUUUUUAGUCCACAGAAGCUGCACAGACCAAAUUUAUUAUGAAUUAAAAAUGCAUAAUCAUUUAGAAUAACUCUCACACGACACUGAAAUAUUCAUAUACUUGAAAUAUGUUGAAAUGAUGUUGAGCCUUGAUCUGCCAUCAGAAAGAAAGUUUGUCAUAAAGUUAGAACGGGAAUGAAAGCUGAAUCUCUUAAAGUAUAAAUGAUAAAAACCUAUGCAGAGAUUAUAUUAAUCAGGAUUUUAUUUUUUUAUUAUUUUUUUUAAAUGUGUCUGAAAUGCUUGAGGAGAAUUUUUCUGGACUUUAUCUGUCUGUGUAAGAGUUGAAAUCUUGUUAAUAAAAUUAAUUAAAAAUAAUAAAAUGUUUAUUAGUCAUGAGAA